GGAGGAGGGAAAGUUAAGAGUUAGAAACUGAGUAAGCUUUUGUGGCUUUACUCAGGGACACGCGUUGUUAAUUUGAAAUUAUUGCAUUUUAUUCGUGACCACACUCCUCCUCUGUAGGGGGGGCGCAGUUCGAUAACUCAAAGAGCGGAUUGGAUUUCUCGACCCCCUCACGAAGUCAGGCAGAGGGAAGAGGCGGGAGAAGAGGAGGAGGAGGGAAAGAGGAGUAGGCGACAGUCAUGUAGUUUUGGGGGCGCGCCUGAGCCUGACCUGUUGCAAUAAUGUUACUAUCCCCAAAAAUAGCAAAGGCAGGGCGGUGGAGCAGAUCUCUGGCUAGACACGCCUGAAUUCUAGGAACUGACAUGAUUGGUGCGUGAUGUGUCCGCCUGUGCUAAACGCCUCGUUAGUUUCAUUUGUAUCAUUUGUACAAUUUUGAAUACUUGUUGAGAUUUUGCACUUCGAACUUUCCCUUACAUACUGGGUUGUUCACUGUGCGACAGUCCGGGGAAAUCCCAACUUCCAGAAGCUUUCAUUGUCAGUUCGCCGAAGUUUAUCCCUUCCAAUCUGUAAUUUGAGUUUCAUCCUCGCACGUCCGCCAGCCGCGAAUGCAAGUGACAAUCUGCCGAGCAGGUCAGCAAACGAGCGACGCGCUUUAACUGAGGACUCGCACUGCUUCUUCGGGUUAACUUCUUCGUUUUGUUUGGACCUUGGAAGAAUGCGAGAACUCUGUCUCUGUGUAUUCAUGUGCAUUUUCUGAAGCCACGAAGAAGAGGACACCAGAACUUUUGAAGAAGGAGAGGUUAUGAUUGUGGGGCAGCUCCAUUCAAUACUGUCUCCGGAGUCCUUUUGUGCAAUCUGAGGUACUUUGCACUAAAAGAAUAAAAGAAGUCGUGUUCUUUUAUUGACAUGAGGCACGAUCUGAUGGAUUUGGAUAAAUAAAAUACAAAGACAGCAUUCUGGGAAUAUCUCCAAAGUAAACUAUGGCAGCCAUAUCAGUGACUACUUCAGGUAUCACCUCCACUGACGAAUUUGACCGCAAUGUCCCACGGAUAUGUGGGGUGUGUGGAGACAAAGCCACCGGUUUCCACUUCAAUGCCAUGACCUGCGAGGGCUGCAAAGGUUUUUUUAGGCGCAGCAUGAAGCGGAAAGCUAUGUUCACCUGCCCCUUCAAUGGUAACUGCACCAUCACUAAGGACAACCGAAGGCACUGCCAGGCCUGCCGACUGAAGCGCUGCGUAGACAUUGGCAUGAUGAAAGAGUUCAUACUGACCGAUGAGGAGGUUCAGCGGAAGAAGGAUAUGAUCAUGAAAAGGAAGGAAGAGGAGGCACAAAGGGAAGCUCUGCGACCCCGAUUGUCUGAGGAACAGGGCAGAAUCAUCCAGGUCCUCCUGGAAGCUCACCACAAGACCUAUGACACAUCAUACUCUGACUUUAACCAGUUUCGGCCUCCCAUCAGGAAAGGACCUGUGACCCGAAGUGCCACCCGAGCCUCUUCAGCUUUUUCCCUCCAAAACCUUUCAUCUGAUGAAUCCCUGGACUCCUUCAACCUAUCCCCAGAUGUGAUGGAGCCUAUUGAUUUUAACAGUCUGAUGUUGUUCCAAGGCUUCUCGUCCCAAGAGAACACAAAUUUCUCUAAGCUCUCUAUGCUACCCCACUUGGCAGACCUUGUCAGCUACAGCAUCCAGAAGGUGAUUGGUUUUGCUAAGAUGGUGCCUGGGUUCAGAGAUCUGACCCCCGAUGACCAAAUUGCCUUGCUUAAGUCAAGUGCCAUUGAGAUUAUCAUGCUCCGCUCCAAUGAGUCCUUCAAUUUGGAUGACAUGUCCUGGUCAUGUGGAAGCCCUGACUACAAGUACUGUGUUAGUGAUGUUAAGCAGGCGGGACACACCAUGGAUCUGCUUGAGCCACUGGUUAAAUUCCAGAUUGGUCUAAAGAAACUUCAUCUUCAUGAAGAGGAACAUGUUUUGCUGAUGGCCAUCUGCUUGCUAUCACCAGAUCGACCAGGUGUCCAAGAUCGAAGCCGUAUAGAAUCCAUACAAGACAGGCUGUCGGAGGUCCUCCAGGCCUAUAUCCGAAUCAACCAUCCUGGAGGCCGCCUCCUCUAUGCCAAAAUGAUCCAGAAGCUUGCAGACUUGCGCAGCCUGAGUGAGGAGCAUUCCAAGCAGUACCGUAGCCUGUCCUUCGAGCCAGAGCACAGCAUGCAGCUUACGCCACUAGUGCUGGAGGUUUUUGGCAAUGAAGUGUCUUAGUGUGAAGCUCCAGCAACUCAGGAAGAGCUUACUAAGCUCAUUCAUGCCAUUGGGCUCUCAGCCCCUUGAAAAAGAAAAAGAAAAAAAAAAAACAACUCCUUCCCUUCAUUCCAUGGCUUUUGCCACAUGUCACUCUGCAGACUCAACUACAGUUAUUUAUUUAUUUUUGGUUUUUUUUUUUAAGAAAAGCUUUAUGAACUUGUUUUGAAGGUGCACCGAAGUAAACAUACCCCUUCUUUGCCCUGUACACAAAAGGUCCUAAACCUAGAUGAUGCUUUCCCUAUAGAUCUCAUUGAACUUCUAACAGACAGCAGUAAUGAAUCUUCAAAACUGAAACCGUUUCUCGAACUACAAGUAGACUGAGCCAAAGACUUCAACCACCGCACAUGAUGUAUAAGAGGCUGUGAAAACCAAAGUGUCUUUUUGUGUCAAAAUUAACACGGGUCUGGCCCAUCCCCAGUAGCCACUAACAACCCAGUAGUUCCUUAAAUUGUGUGGCUUCAGUCCUGUGAUAUGGCUGGUGGAGGUUUUCCUCCAUCAGAUGUGGCGUGGCUAAUGCCCCCCGAACCCCUUUACCUUUGAACUGUCUUUGAUUAUUGUAAGUCAGACCCUUUUACCAUUGUGAAUGAACACUAAUUCCUUAACCAGAGACAAUCCGAGGGUUUGGGCUUCUGCCUAUCCCACUUUCUUGUACUUUAUUUUGUGUUGCUCUUUACCUCCUGAUAGAAAUUGCACAACUUUGCUGUCUUUUAGCCAUUCAGUGCUUAUUUUCUUACCUUACUGAUCAACUUGCACCUGCCCCCUUACCAAAAUACUAACCCUACAUGUCCUGAUGGGUAUGGAAUUCCAGAUGGCUUGAAGGAGAUUCUUCUAUUUCAGUAGAUUUAUUUUAAUUGGUAAAAGAAUUUGGGUCAAACUGGGAUUGAUGAUCGUGUUUGGGAAGCUUUUUUCUCCUACAUUUAGCCAGUGUAUUUGGAGAAGAAAUAUCAGACGCUGUUUGUUCUGGAUGUUCAGUACUCUCCUCCUCUUCUUGUUAAAUCAGGCCUAUGAAUACCCAUCUCCCCCAACUCUCUUCAAAGGUAAUAGAAAACUUUAAUGGUUCGUAUUAGACCCUCACCCUCAAACUGCCAAAGCUUAUGAACCUCCAUCCUUUAAUACAUUUGUCUAAAGUUUGAAUGUUUAAACCUUUGAGAGAAGUGAGGGCUGAUUGUAUUUUUAAUGUAUGCCCUUGCAUUGCAAGAGAACAAUGUGGGUUUUACGUGAAGGCCUGCAGAUGUGUUCCCCCUCCAUUGCUGGAGCAGGCAGGUUUCUUACUGUGCAGUGUGCAGAUGCAACCAAGAUGCUCCUGGCUUUGCUGCAUAUGGGCAUCCAUCACUAUUAAGGUUAUUGUAUUUUUUUAUCUGCAGCUGUGCCUUUCGUGUCCAGUACGUGGCAUAUGUGUAUAUGCUUGUAACAUUCUCAAAGGUCACGAUAAACUUAAUGUGCCUGCAGCUGGACAAUUAAACACAAAAAUCUUCAUUUA